UUUGCUGAGCCGAGGCUGCUGUUUGCCGUCUCCGUCCGCUAACUACCGUUAGCUGCAGUGCCCGGUCGUCCGGCUGAGCUGCUAGCUCUGGAGCUACGAGAAAUAAAUAAUACUGGCACUCAGCUGCCACAUAUCAGUGGCGGCCCAUUCCGGAAGUGUUGUCCUCGGUGUGUGUGUGUAACUUCACAGCUGACUCGGACCCCAGACGGUGGUGUGUUCACUGGCCUUACAGACGCUACAGGAUUUGGAGAAGUUUCUUCCAGUUGUUACGUUGGCAGUUUGGCUGGAAAGAUGCUUCUUGCGGCGCUCACCGUGUUGCUGACUUUGCUGAGCCUCACUGAGAGCAAACAGAAAGACUUUUACACUUUUAAAGUGGUGAACAGCAGGGGGAAGCUGGUCUCCCUGGAGAAAUACCGGGGUUCGGUGUCCUUGGUGGUAAAUGUAGCCAGUGAAUGCGGCUUUACUGAGGAACACUACAACGACCUGCAGCAGCUGCAGCGGGACUUUGGCCCAUAUCACUUCAACGUGCUGGCUUUCCCCUGCAACCAGUUUGGGCAGCAGGAGCCCGGCAGCGACAAGGAGAUUGACAGCUUUGUACGCAGAGUCUACGGAGUCUCCUUCCCUUUGUUCAGCAAAAUUGCUGUCAUAGGAACAGGGGCCAACAACGUCUACAAGCACCUUAUUGAGUCAUCUGGAAAGGAACCUGAUUGGAAUUUCUGGAAGUAUCUAAUUGAUGUAAACGGUAAAGUGGUGGAUGCUUGGGGACCGACAGUCUCUGUUAAAGAAAUCCGACCAAAAAUAGCUGAAAUGGUGCGACAGAUCAUCUUGAAGAAGAAAGAAGAGCUGUAACCCCUAGUCUAAAAAUCAUUUGCUCCUCACUAUUUUGCAGUUUUCGUACAUUACCCAAAUGGAUAAACAGAACAUAUUUAUGUCGUUUGUAGAAGUUGACUUUGCCAGAAAAGCUGUGCAGUUCACAUAAUGAAAGCACAUUCUUUUGCUUUCUGAAAGCACUGAUGAUGUUUCCACUAUGAUUUUACAUUCAGUGUCAGGUUUUGUGUCAUUUGUGUGGCAUUUAAAGCUACAUUUAAAUCCUGUUUUCAAAUGUUUCAGUCAUGUUCAUUAUGUGUGUGGGUUUUUUUUAAUUCAAACUGAUAUGUGGAAUAAACUUGACACAUUGACUGUUGUAUCUUAUAGAUAUUUUCAGAACAAAAAUACUUUGUGACUCACCUUCUUGAGAAAUCCUCAUUCUUUGAUGUAUUAAGUCACCCCUUACUGCUCCUUGAGGUUAACCCUUUAAAGGCAUUAGAGGAGAUUUAAUUUCCUACGACUUUGGACGUAGCAUGCGCAUGCGCACAUACAACCUCUCCCUCACCCCCUCUAACCUCCCCCCUCUUAACAUUUACAAAGAAACGCCCCCCUCCAGAAAUUUGCGUAGGACUCGUGAAGUUGUCUUUUACGGCUGGGUCCCCCUGGAUCUUUAUCUGCCAUUAUGUAAAAAAAGAUGAGCAAAACAAGUCGUCAGCUAACUAUGAAGCUAUACCAAAGCAACACAUACACAAAACACGUAAGUCCAAGGCGUACGUAAUCUACGUAACUAGGCCUGAGCUGGAAGAUUUUUGAUUGACAGGAAAGGGAGCAAACCAAACGCCUCGGUCCGAGCGCAUUGAUUGGCUGAUGUUUUUCAGGUCCUGCCAUGUCCACAGUUAUUUUUUAAAAUUUUUAUUCUUUUAGAAACCAUACAUACAAGUUCACUAAAGGUCAGUAUAUUCAUUUUAUGUGAAUCAGACAAAUUAAACAAAAAAAAAUCCUCCAUUACAUCCUUUAAUUGAAAUCCCACUGUGUAUCAUUUAUAAGCACUACAUAAUGUAUGUUAUAACUCAUCUGUGGACAAAUCGCCCUUCAAGGGGCAAAUAAUAAAGUUGAGUUGACAACGA